CGGCAGGUCCUGAUAGCGCGGAGACUCUGCUUAUCUGCUAACUGCUAACCGUCAACAUGUCAGGCAGAGAAGGAGGAAAGAAGAAACCUCUUAAACAACCCAAGAAGCAGUCAAAGGAAAUGGAUGACGACGAUGUUGCCUUCAAACAGAAACAGAAAGAGGAGCAGAAAGCUAUGGAGGCAUUGAAAGCCAAAGCCUCAGGCAAAGGGCCCUUAGGUGGAGGUGGAAUCAAGAAGUCUGGGAAGAAAUGAAUGCAUUUAAGAUAUUAUUUGCUUGCUGUGUUUGGGCACACCAUCUUAAAAAAACAUACCCAUCUGUCAUCAUUUGGGUCCAUAAAACCGAAAAAACUGUCCAAAAUUAAAUGAACAUAACUGUUUGAGUCACUUUUUUUUUUUUUUUUUGCUGUAAAAGGAGAUGUUCUGAAAUAAAGUUUUGUAAGUAUUUACA